UUUCUCUUCAUCUCGAUGGCUUCCACAGCUGAAACCCUAGCAAUUCGCAGAAGAAUCAGAAUCUAGGAGAGGACGACGGAGAAGAAAGAAAGGAACUUUUUUUCGAAAUGGACGGUGUCUCUUACCAGAGGUUCCCGAAGGUGAAGAUCCGGGAGCUGAGGGAUGACUUCGUGAAGUUCGAGCUUCGAGAGACCGACGUCUCAAUGGCGAACGCGCUCCGGCGCGUUAUGAUCGCUGAGGUUCCCACCAUUGCCAUCGACCUGGUCGAGAUCGAGGUCAAUUCCACUGUCCUCAACGACGAAUUCAUCGCCCACCGACUCGGGCUCAUACCUCUCACCAGCGAACGCGCCAUGGGCAUGCGCUUCUCACGCGACUGCGAUGCAUGCGACGGUGACGGUCAGUGCGAGUACUGCUCGGUCGAGUUUCGCCUUAGUGCAAAGUGCAUCGGUGACCAAACCCUAGAUGUCACCAGCAGGGAUUUGUACAGCGCAGAUCCCACAGUUACUCCAGUCGAUUUCUCCGAUCCGUCUGGUUAUGAAUCGAAUGAGCAGAGGGGGAUCAUCAUUGUGAAGUUGCGGCGAGGGCAAGAGUUGAGGCUCAGGGCAAUAGCUAGGAAAGGAAUCGGCAAAGAUCAUGCAAAAUGGUCUCCUGCAGCUACUGUGACCUUUAUGUGUGAACCAGAGAUAGUAAUCAACGAGGACCUGAUGGAUACUUUGUCAGACGAGGAAAAAUUGAAAUUGAUUGAUAGUAGCCCGACCAAAGUUUUUGAUUUUGACCAAGUAACCAGGCAGAUUGUGGUGGUUGAUCCCGAAGCGUACUCGUACGACGAGGAAGUGCUGAAGGCAGCAGAAGCCAUGGGAAAGACAGGACUCGUCGAGAUCCGUCCGAAAGAAGACAGCUUCAUAUUCACCGUGGAGUCCACAGGCGCUGUCAAGGCCUCUCAGCUCGUCCUCAACGCCAUAGACAUCCUGAAACAGAAGCUGGACGCUGUCCGUCUCUCAGAAGACACGGUCGAGGCUGAUGAUCAGUUCGGCGAAUUGGGUGCGCAUAUGCGCGGAGGAUGAUUUACAUGUCAAGUAGACACUUUGUUGUUUGUUUGUUUUGAUGAUUGAAUCUCUUAGGAAUUUCAAUGUUUUUUUUAGUACUCACCAACGGUCCAUCAUUUUUAUCUAAAAGCUGAGAAAAGAAGCGUGCUUAGGUGGGUCGCAUAUGGUGGAAUGUGACAAAUUCCGACAAACCCCCGUGAAUUUGAUUUAUCUGUUAGCACCGAA